AUGGAGAGCGAAUCAUCAGUUCUUCGUCUCCGGCGGAAACUUAGUGAAUUAUCACGUGAAUAUUCCAGAGAGAAACCAGUUCAACCUCGGAGUAAAUCUGCAAAUGGCCGAUUACCUGUAACUGAUUCCAGUGAUAGUUGUCGUUAUCGACGAAUGAAAAAAAAAGUUGACGUUCUUCGUACACAAAUCGAUGCUGCUCUUCAGGACGACUCUCUUUCUGUGAAUGAAACAAAUAAUUUACCAAAAGAUAUGAUUCCUACACGUGAUAAUCAAGAAAUUUUGCCCAAAAAGAAACCUUUAUUGACAGAUGAUCAAUAUCUUGUCACAAGUGAACUUGUUCAAGUCCUCUAUAGUAAACAAACGCGAAUUGAUGAAUUAGAAUCACGCCUAAAACAUGUCGAACACCACGAGUCUCAGUGGAAGAUGAAGUAUGAACGAGAAUGUAACCGUUGUGAAUUACUACAAACAAGAGUUAUUGAACUUGAGCAAGAAUUAUUAACACGAAAGCAUCAAUCAAAAAUUCUCGGUCAAUUACAGACGGAUGUCAAACGACUAAAUACUGCUUUUGAUGCUCUAGAAGUGGAAAAUACUCAACUGAAUGUUGAAUUAUCGCUGACUCGUACCAAUCAUCUAUCAACUCAACUUGAUCGAUUCCGACAUGAAUUAGCACAUACAUGUCAUGAAUCAUUAUGUUAG